AAGAAGGCCAAGAGCCCGGUUUCUGGCACUUGCGCGGGGCUCGAACCGAGGCGGGAGUAUAAGAAGCAAAUUCGACGGAUCGCAGGUUCGCUGGUGGUUGGUUGCAAGAGUGACGAUAUUUCUCCUCUCGUCUGCCGAAUGCUGGAGGAGAGAAGUAAGAAGAGGAAGCUGGACUGCGGAACGUUCAUGACCCAUCUCAAACUUGGAAGUCGGUGUGGAUAAGGACCCCCAAUUCUUCAGUGGUUGCUUAGGGCCUGUGGACGCCUGUAUUCGCUGACCGAGCGCUAAAGUCGUGUGCUGAAGCCGUCGGACACUGCCUAGAACGGCUCGAGAAGCUGCUGGACAGCACCACAUACACCAGAACUGGAGCCCGACCGCCUUUGACCGCAAAGAAUUUGUAGGUGGCGACGGUGAGAAACCAGAUCGAAACUUCCAACGUCAUUGAACCCGGCCUCCUUUUAUCUCUCUCUUUUGGCGCUCAGCCAGACCCGAGCCAGGGACACGGCGAACCAUCGUCGGGCUCAACAGAGCUCAUCUCUCAUUACCGACAUGGCGCGGGAUGACGGCGAUUCGCUCUCGACGAGCCAGAUCAGAGACUGGCGCUCCAUCAUCACGCUGAUUGUGUUUAUUCUCACAAAUAUCAACGUUCUUUGUCCGUUUCCCAUCCCCAUCUUCGUGCCCAGGAAACUCUGGGAUCGCUUCCUGGACGCCGUUGCAGCCCUGAGAAUCAUCCCGAAGAGAAAGUUUCGCUCACCUCCGCUGGCGCUCAAUGAUGACAACGACAACAAUGGCAAGAUCAAGCCCUGGGUGCGGCUCAACUUUCCGAUGAACUUUGUCACUGCGCCUCUCAUCGCGGACCUGUUUCUGCUGGCCAUUCAGGCCAUUGGCCGGCAGGAAGUCCACGAUGGCACCAUUGGCGCUGACAACAUUUCGCCAAUCGACAUCAUGGUCUUCUUUCUCACGCUGGCCUACAUCGCCAUUUCCAUCGACGCAUCUGGUCUCAUCCGCUAUCUGGCCUUCAGGGUGCUCCAAUGGGGAGGAGAGGUCGGACAUCGGCUUUUCUUCUACCUCUACGCCUUCUUUUUCGUUCUGGGCAGCUUCAUCGGAAACGAUCCAAUUAUCCUGUCGGGGACUGCCUUUCUGGCGUAUAUGACGCGGGUGUCAAGCAACAUUGUACACCCCAGAGCGUGGAUUCAUACCCAAUUCGCAAUUGCAAAUGUUGCCUCUGCCAUUCUGGUGUCUUCCAACCCGACGAAUCUUGUGCUCGCGGGGGCCUUCAACAUCAAGUUCAUCAACUACACGGCCAACAUGAUCGUUCCUGUGGUUGCCACCGCCAUCGUUCUCUUUCCGUUUCUGCUCUACGUUGUCUUUGCCAACGAGGACCUGAUCCCCCAUUCGAUCGAAUUGCACGAACUCCCAGACCACGUCAAGGCCAAGAAGCCCGUCAAUCCCAAUAUCCCGCACGCGAGGGGCCAUACCGAUGCAGAUGAGGCGGACCUCGCCAACAAUGACGAAGGAAAGUUGUUGUCUCUCGAAGAGAUCAUGAAUCCCUUUCUAGACAAGGGCGGAGCGGCAUUCGGAGCCGUCAUCAUGGCGGCCACCCUCAUCACGGUGCUGGCAAUCAACGCCGCAAGCACCAAAAGCGGCGCUCAUCCCGUGUUUUGGGUCACCCUGCCGGCGGCUUUCGUCAUGUUCUGCUGGGAUCUCGGCUUUGGAUGGUAUCACCGGAAAGAAACGCGCGAGAUUGCGAGAAAAGGCAGACUGGAAUUUGAGAAUGCGCGCGCCGAGCGAAUCCUAGCCGACGAAUCGAGGCGACAGUCUGUUGCCCAGACUGGACUGCAAGACGGGGCGAAGCAUGGAGCCGGCUCGUUCUCUCCAGGCUUCACGUCAAAGGAGCAACAGAAUUCAACGAGCGAUGGCAGUUCGCUUGGGGAGAAGAGCGGACAGAACCAGGUCGUCACUGAAACGCCACCCGAGGGACUCUUCGUGCCCUCUUCUGACGAAGACGUGGAGAGAAGGCGCCAGAACUCGUUGUCGUCGGUCCAAAUGCCACGCGGGCCGGCCACUCUACAGUCCCUGGGCCAAGAUGCGCUGAGGUGGUGCCAGGAGACCUUUCCGACGGCGGCGGCUGUCAUCCUUCAUUUACCAUUUGCACUCGUUCCAUUCGCCUUUUGUAUGUUCGUCCUUGUUCAGGGGCUAGUCACGAAGGGCUGGGUUCCUGUCUUUGCCUAUGGAUGGGACCACUGGGUGAACAGGACUGGCACGGUUGGCGCCAUAGGGGGCAUGGGCUUCCUCUCCGUUGUUCUAUGCAACUUUGCGGGGACAAACAUUGGCACCACGAUACUGCUUUGCCGCAUCAUCCAGAAGUGGCAGGAGAUUCAUGAUCGGAGCGGUGUCCCCAUUAGCGACCGGACCUUUUGGGCAACAGUGUACAGCAUGGCCAUCGGUGUCAAUUACGGAGCGUUUAGCUCUGCGUUCAGCGCCUCUCUUGCGGGUCUGCUCUGGCGUGAUAUUCUUGCGAGAAAGCAUAUCCGCGUAAGAAGCCUAGAUUUUGCGCGCGUCAAUCUUCCCAUCAUUUCUAUCUCUAUGAUCGUGGGGUGCGCGGUACUUGUGGGCGAGGUGUACAUUGUUCGGAAAGAGACGCCUUAUCAAAUGUAGAUAGACUUCUGCUCUUUGGUCUUUGGCUUUCUCUUACUCUCAUCAUCUUAUCUGGAGUUUGCUUGUUUAGAAGGAAAAAGGGGCGGGACGAACCUUGGGUGUGGAACGUUUGGCAGGCGAUGGCGCAAAGGAUAUAAUAAGCACAUGAUCAUCUAAGCGUAUAGUUUGCUUUGUUGCUACG